AGCCUGCCUGCCUGCCUGCCUGUCGGCAUCCAUGAUCCAUCCAUCCAUCUGUCGAAGGCCGUCCGUCUACCAAGUUAUUCACAUCACAGACAUGCAGCUCACUCGCGUCAGAAGACGAAAAAACCGGCAUGUACAUCGGGGGAGGGAGGAGGGAGGGAGGGGGAGAGGGGCUGGGGUGGGUCAAUCUUCAUCUUGAGGAUAGCCUGAACGCCGAUGAGGCCGCCGUGUCGUCAUCGUCGUCGUCGUCGCGAUCGACCAGACCGAAAUUCUCCUCGGUCGUCACCUUCACAAAGACAAACGACAGCAGGUACAUUUGAUACCACCCACUUGUUGAUGCGUCUACCGGUGUGUAUCUGUAUGCGUGUCGUGUGGUCAUCUUGAUCUCGGCCGCCCGCCACGCGAUGAGCAGCAGGAUCGCGACCACACUCAGAACAAAAGACCACCCCAACACGCCCCACGCACCCAUACCCGUCCUGACAACAACAACAUUCACACCACCACACACAUAAUCAAUGCCCCCAGUGUCACAAUCUUUCUCCCGAAUGGACCUGACCUCAUUCUAGAGUCUGCCGGUAUUGGGUCGCACAUGCCGGUGACGGGGUUGAUGACGAACCCCUCCCCACAGUGGAUCUCCUGCUCAGCCUUGAUGCUCACACCACCAGCCUCACCCAGCCCCGGCAGCCUAUCCUGACCGCCGACGGGCUCAUGCACUAUCACGGGAGGGGGAGGGGGCGGCGGUGGGGCGGCUGGUGGGAAGGCCGGCGGCCUCCUCGGCUCGUCCUGUUUCCCCCAUCCUCCUCCUGCUGCUCCUGGCUGCUCCAUGUAGACCUCGCCCGGCCGACCUGGACCCCUGUCGCCGGUUGUGGUGCCUCUACCGGAUGAUGACUCGGAUGAGACGCUCCCAGGAGCACCCCCUGGCGGCCUGAUCGAUCACACACACACGGAGGAGAACAACGGACAUGAUGCGUCUGUCGUCUGUCAUUAAUGUCUAGAUGGCUGUCUGUCUGUCUGUCUCACCGGGCGCCCUGUUGAGUGUGCCAUCCGUCGCCGAGCAUCGACGCUGACCAUGCAGAAGGAACAGGGGGGCCGCCGGUCCACGGGAGCUUGUCUGGGAAGUCGGGCGUGGUGGCGAUUCUGUAAGUGAUGGGCUCCUCUAUCACGUAGGGCCGCCCAGUGCCCUCUGACACAAAUCCCUGCGUGUCAAAGCCGACAGAAUGCAUCCCCGGGGUCUGCCUGUCAUGUGUGUGUUGUGCGCUUACGUCGCUGAGUGUGAGAGUAACGGUAGGUGCGAGUGCCUGGAGGACCUCGCCUAUCCAGACAAAGUUCCAGAGGUAGCCGCCCUCCUCCUCCAGACGCAGAUAGUCUGACGGCGCCACACGCUGGCCACUCUGAUGGAACACACACACACACACACACACAGAGAGAGAGAGAGAGAGAGAGCCGAAUGAAUGGAUGCAGGAAGCAACAAGGAGCCGGAGCUGCGAAGCAUGUGGACCUACCUGGCCUUGAAGCGCGAUGAGCCUCUGCGCUUCAGCCGGGGACGCUUUGGCGGGCGACGAGAAUCGAAUACUCAGCUGAUAUACACAGCACACACAAAUGGCGUCCAUGGCAUGCACAGAAACAGCAGCACGUGUGUCUGUCUGUUGUGGUGCGGCGGUUCUCACCAUGAGGUCCUGGCCAUACAUGAGCGGCAUCGACGGCUGGGGGUGCACCGAGACCACCUUAGCCGAUGCAGCCGAGGACACGCCAUAGCUGGGGGCGCCCUUCCUAAUGACGGGGUAGGUGCUGAAGGAGAACUGCAGCGGGAAACACUGCCGCCCCGAGCCCGCCCUAAACUGGCCGGGGAAAUGGUCGUCAGCGAUGCGCGCCUGGUACUUGCCCCUGCAGACAGCAGAAAACGAAUCAGAAACGAUACGCGGGGAUAUGUAUGUGUGUGUGUGUGUGGUGGAUGUUACUUGGGCAGGUACAGAGCGACCCAUUGUCGUGCGUUGACCGGGCUUGAGGCGCCGUUGACGAAGUCGAUUUCGCUGAACAUGAUGGACUUGGCUUUGCGGGGGUCGGCGUCGCCGCCGAUGAUGUCCAUCUCCACGUGGGAGAGGAAGAAGUUGUACCCGAUAGACGCUAUCACCACCGAGUCCUGCCACCAUGCACACACCCAAACACAGGGGCUCGGUGCCCACAUGCCUGUGUCUGUCCGUGCUAAGUGUGCUGUGGUCACCUCUCCUAGGGUGAAGGGAAGAGUCUCCAGGAAGCCGCCCGCCUCCUGUGCCACGUUUCUCACGCCGCUGUCGUACCCAUUCUCCGCCCCGCGACCACUGAGGGCAGCCGCGGCCACUCGCUGCUGGUCGAACAGCGCGUGGAAGUCCUCCGAGCGGCCCAGACCGUUGUUGGAGCACGACAGCAUCUGAUGAAUUACAAAGACCGUCGGGAUGCGCCUGUGGGUGGUGUGGGGGUGUGGGUGUGUUUGGUGCUGACAUUGUCCAUGUCUGUUUUUGGGAAAGCGGCGAUGGCGAGAUCGAAGAUGGAACAUGACUUUUCCAUCGCUUCCCUGCACCCAUCCAUCCAUCCAUCCAUCCAUCCACACACACAUGUGCAUGCGCUUUCUCCCAACACCACACGCCAGACGCACCUGUGCUCAUGGUGGAAGAUGAGCCACACGGAUUUCUCCGACAGCGUGAAGAUGCGCUCCCACGCCCCGGGCACGUUCCAGUCGAAGUCGGGCUGGAUGGGCUUGUGGUCGGGACCCACCACAUGGAGAUUCAGCGAGUUGAGCUCAUCCGAAGUCCCAAUCGUCACGCCGAUCUUCAGAACCAAUGUGCGGCCUGCAUAUAGACACGACAGACGCCAUGGACGCACGGCGGAUGGAUGGAUGGAGGCGUCUUGGUCUUGGCUGACCUUUUGUGUCGAGGUAGAGUUUCUUCCUGCCGUCGUGCAUGUCGGUGAUGACCACCCUCGACCGGAUGAGCAGUCUGCCGUUGGAGUCCACCGGCCCGCCCAGCACCGCCGCGCCCCCAUCGCCCCCACUCAGGUCAAGCGGCAGCGGCAUCGCGCCAUAGGACACACACUCGCGGCUCGUUCCUAUCAACACAAUCGCGCACAUGUGGUUGUGUGGUGUUAGGAAGGUGUUAGGAAGGCACCUACCUGGUGAGUCUCUGCUGAGCGGUGUGAGCGAGAUGAGUGACGAGAAGGCCACGCAGAAGGGGAACUUGACGGGUGGCGGCUCCGGCUGUGAGAUCUGGACGUGGUAGGUGCCUGGGGGCACCUCGAUGCGGAGGGCGUUGAUCAUGGCCCGCUGCUCGCCCACCCAUAGCCCUUCUGGCACGUGCACACCUAUCCUGUGAAGCAAGGCAACACAACAACAGCACAGAGGUGCGCAGGGGAGUGUGUGCAUGUGGGUGUUGGGGCGAGGGGGAGGGGCAGGGGUGUCUGUGUGUCGUACCUGACGAAUUGGAGCAGGAAUGGGGAUCCCAGCUCGAUGUAGAGGAGGGAGGGGACCUUGGCCUGCACCGGCACCUCCAUCAGCUGACCCUGGCGAUAGACACGUCACACACACAGAAGAAAUGCACUUGUGUCUAUCGGCGCUGAAUGAUGUGCAGGUUGACCUUGUUCUGAGCAAAGUUAUGGUCGAGCCUGAUAUUGGUGUAGCCCUGAAGGAAUCGACACACGGCAUGAAAACACCCUUCUGUGCCCUCUUGUGCUGGCGCACCGUUGACCAUUCCGUCUGCUGCUGCCCUACAAGCGCGCCCGAGCCACUGCCCGGCACCGGCAGGGUGGGCACCGUCGCCGAGCACCCCUCCUUGCUCGCAGAAUGUGCGUCAGCCUCCAGCCGAUCCAACGCCGACAUGCCUGCAUAGAUAGGAUCACACACACACACACACAAGUGCGUGUGUGUACACAUACACACACACAAGUGCGUGUGUGUGGGGGACACACAAGUGCGUGUGUGUGUGGGGUGUGGUGAUUGCUCGGCGACUCACCUAGGGUGACGAGGAAGGCCUCUGUAGCCUGGACGUCUAUUCUGUAGUAGCCCGGCUGCAGCACCGCCACCAUGUGGCCUAGGCUGUCGGACUCGGCUAUCUGGCUGCCGCCGUCCAUCACACGGACGUGGAUGUGCGCAUUGGACAGAUCCGCCGGCUCGCACACAAACCUGUUGACCGCAGAGAGACAUGCACACACAUGGAUGUGAUGCUCAAAUGGCCUGCCUUUGUGUGUGCCUUGUUUCUGACCUGAUGAGCGUGGGUUUCUGUAUCUGCAGCUCAGUGGUCUUGACUUUGUCGAAGGUGAAGAUGUUGGUCGACAGCACCGGGGCGUCUGGCAACGACAGGUAGCCCACCAUGUUGAGCGACUGACACAUCCACCGUACAACACCACACACAGAACAACGCACUGACAGAGCUGUUCCAUCGCUCUCCUUUGUCGACUCACCGGUGGCAGUGGCUGGAUGGCCAGCAGGUCAGGCAGGUCAAGCAGCUCAGCCCGCAGCUGGUUGACCAGCAGCUCGUCUUGUUCACCAAUCUACACACACACACACACACAGAAGGGGAUGGAGCAUCACACACACGCGUCAAGGCACCCGACUCACUCACCUCAGCGUUGAUAGUUGCGUGUGCACAGAGGGUGGCCAUGGCCGAGAUGGCGUCCCUGUCCUCCGUCAUGCGCAGGACCAGCUCGUACUCGCCCCGGUCGACCUCCUCGUCCAUCAGCAGGAUGCGGCUCUCCAUCAGCUUGCCCACAGAACUGCAGACAGACACAACAACACACAACACAACACACAUGCGAAGGAAGAGUGUGUGGAAAUGUGAUGUGUGUGUUGGGUUUGUGGUGGGGCGCACCGUGGUUGGUUGGGCUUGGUUGAUGUGUACUGCGAUGGCUUGGGGACCAGCUCGAUGGCAAGAGGGAGCCAUGGCGGGUGCAGCUCUACCUCUACCUAUCAAAUACACAGACAGCCGGCCAGCCAAACACAUAUGAGUACAGGUGACCUCGUUGUGUCUCUAUGUGGUCUCUCUUUCUCGCUACCCUGACGGCCACGGGCUGGUCGGCGACAGUGAAUGGGAAGGACGUCUUCAUGUCGGGCGACAUCCAGAACUGAGUCGGCUUGGACACCUCCAGCUUGUGGCUCACCUUCCUGCACACAACACACGACAAACAAUGCGCUGUGUCCUUCUAUCCAUCCAUCCAUCCACGGUGUAUGUGUCGCUCUCAUCCUCACCUUGGCACCAGGUUGAGCAGCACCGAUCCCAGGUGGUCGGCGGCCGCCUGCUGCGCCCUCGUGGAGUCCAUCAAAGCGCUGAACGAACCAGCCGCCCACGGACACGCUGCACGAAUGCACACACAUGCGUCAGAUGAGUGUGAGCGUGUGUCUGUGUGUGUGUGUGUGUACCAGGUAUGAGGUCAAGCGGCUCAACCACCAUAUGCAGCUGCACCACCGGGCACACAGUGGAGAAGUCGGUCGCCUGGCUGAGCACCAUGUGCAGCUGGUACGAGCCGCCCUGGUCCAGCCUCGCAAACAAGCUGUUGGUGCUCUCCUGAACCACCUGACCGGGCUGCAGCAACUCCAUGCCCCCACCGCCCCCAUCAGCGGGCGACCUCACGCCGCUGGGGUUGGUGGCCAGGCGCAUUCUGACGGUUGAUUUGAGGCCGACGGUGGUGAUCUUGAUGAUGGACGGGGCGGCGAUGUCGAGAAGGGUCAGGUGGCGGCCGGAUGGGGGGACGAUGAACUGGCUGUCGAUGACCAGCUCCUCCCCUCUCCUAGUCGAUAUCAAAGCAGGCAGCUCAGACGUGCCUGCAUACACACACAGGGAGGGGAGAGAGAAAGGGGUGCACACCAAGACACCGAUUCAUGUGUGUCUGGGGUCUGUCUCACCAGCUCUGCACAGCCAGUCCUCGCCCCUCAGCUCCUCGCCAGUGCGCUCAAUCAGCCGCAUGUCCACCCAGAAAGUGGCACAGGUCACCAGGUUGUCGGCCCAUCUCGUCUCGCUCGCGUCGAGGAACUUGUUGCCCGACCCCCCUUUGCUGGGGUCCAGCUUGGGCCGCCCGACGUAGUAGAUGUCGACAGUGUAGCUGCCCGGCUCCAGCGGCCCCAGCAGCUCCGCAUAGCCGUUGGACGUCACCCUGGGCUCGCUCACGUGCAUGCCUUCACGAUUCAGCUGCAAGCAUGGAACAAGGAACACGACACAGAGAGAUGGGUGGUCUCUGUUGCCUGUCUGUCUGUUUGUCUGUGUGCGUGUGUCUGCGUGUGUGCGUGCCUGUAGCCUGAAGUCGCUGGUGAGGUAGUCGCUUUUGAUGCCCAUUUUCAGGUAGGUCGCCGGGUCGUGGGGCCCGAUGUUGAACGACUUGGACGCCAGGAUGUGGGGCUGGGCUGCAGGCAGACAGCCGUGACAUAAUUGCAGGAAAUGCGUGAGUGCACAUCAUGUUGGUUCUCUUUCCCACUUACUUACCUGUGGUUGACGGGAUGGGUUUCUCGAAUCGCUGCCAGUUCUCCCGUUUGCUGCGGAGCAUCUCGCCCAGGUAGACCUGACCACUGUCCACACACGAACCACUCUGACCACACACACACAGACGCAGGCACACAGCGAGAGGCGAGUCAUUCAUCUGCAGCCCCUCCCUCGUCUCCCCUCGCCCAUUCUCACCUGCUUGACCAAUUCCACAGGUUUCAGCGCCACUUGAACGAAGAAGCCGUCACACGGAUGCAGCCCGCCCAGCGGGUAGUCGGCGAAGAAUCCCAGCCCGUACUUGCCCGGCGGCAGUGGCGUGUGAAUGGUCUGGUCGUUGGUACCGCCCAGGGCGUGCAUGCGGACCGGCGGGGCGAUGACGCGCGGCGGGGCGUCGAGCGUCGUCAGGAUGAUCCGCAGGUCGACCGACGACUUGUGUGUCGUCACGCGGAAGAGACUCGGCUCCCUGCACUCGUUGAAUGGCACAUUCACACACAUCCGUGUGUGGCUGCGGAGGGGAGGGCAGGAGGGUACCUGACGUCAAGGGUGACGACGUGUUUCAUCUCCUCGAGCUCGUCGGGCGGGAAUCCAAACCAAUCGCGGAUGUGCAGAGCGCGGCCCUCGAUGGUACCCACCUGAAGAUUCAAACAUGCACACCUACUCACAAGGACUAUGCUUGUUGUGCGCCAUUCGCUCACUGACCUCCAGGUCAUCGGUGUUGUGCGAGUCCGACUGUACGAUCUUGGCCGGCAGCCGGGCGUUGGUGCACAUCCACGACUGCGGGCCGACCUCGAAGGGCGUCAGCUUCGACUCAUACUGAAUGAAUGUGCGACACACACACAACCGAGGAGCGUUUGUGGGCGUGUCUAUGGGCAGCGGCAGAUGUGUGAAUGGGUGUGUGUUUUGCCUGCCUUGAUGUCGACUUCGAGGUCGAAUUCCAUGCAGUGCGUCUUGCUGUCACUCAGGUACAUGGGCUCGCCCGCCAGCAGCCACAGCUGCACCACUCACAUACACACACACACACACACACAGGGUGCAUCGGUGCUCUCGGCGCGUGAGAUCGUGUGUGUGUGUUCUUUCUCUGCGCUGACCUUGUAUGUGAAUCCUGAAGGCAUGGCGUGGUCCAUCACCUGCCCGUUGUAUAUAGGCGUCGCCCCGAUGCACCUGCAUAGCACGGAUCCGUGUGCAUCGAUUGAUAACACAGUUGAGUUUCUCUCUCUCUCGCGCACCCCAUUUGGCAUGAGGGCUCGGUGGCAGUCUCGUCAGGUGUGGUGUUGAGGUCGAACAGCUCUAUGAGUAUCUGGAAGGGGCCGCUGAUGAACCUGAAGGUCGACCGGAGGAAGAACCGCACGAACCGGUGCAACCUGAUGACACAUACACGCAAACACACACACAAACAGAGAGAGAGAGGGACGUGGUCUUGUUGUGGUGUUGCAGCCGUGUGUCGGUAUACCUCGGGGGCACGUCGACGACGAGUGACCACACCUCCUGAUGAACACAAGUACAGACGUCCAUGUGUGGAGGCGUGUGUGUCACGGCGGCCUCCCAUUGAUCAUUUUGAAAGCUCACUCUCUUGAAAGGGUUCCACACUCGGUCAUGCGUGAAGACGUACACGUACGGCUUGGCUGCAUGAACCAUACAGAGACCAUAAAAGGGCAUGCACACGAGUGUGCGCGUGUCCCUGUGUGUGUUACAUGGCGGGUUGCUAUCGUGGAAGCCCUUGUCGUCGAGGGUGAUCUUCUCGCGCUUGACGGGCAGCCCUGAAGUGCCCGGACAAGAACUGGGGAUAUGGUAAGGCAUCCCUGACCACACACAGACAUGGAAAGAGAGUGACAUCCACCCAUCGACGAUUGAGAAUGCGGCUGCCGACUCACUCCAGAUAGCCACGACAGUUAUGUCGACGCGUACAGGGAAGCAGGAUGACUUCCGCCUGGCAGACACACGCGAAUGAAUGAAUGGAUGAAUGCAUGAGUCGGACUGCUUCGGGGUCGUUACCAUCUUGCAUCUGCCCCUGGCUCGUCCUGAGCAAGGUCCGCAGCUGACAGACAGACACAAGAAACAAGAACCGCCGACCGAUCGAUCACCCAUUCACCCUCCCCGCCUCCCUGUGUGCCUCCUUUCUUACUGAUUUUGAACACGAGGCGAUAGUCCUCCCCCUUGUUGUCAAUAUCCCCCGUCAGGUAGCACUUGGCGUUGUCCCCCCCUGCCCCCGGCAUCUGGGUGCCCCACAGGACCGGCUUGGCGUACUCGCCCGACACGUGGUUCUCGCUGCCCUUGUAGAGGUCCACCUUGACCUCGGCCAGUGAGUCGCGGUGCACCUCGACUGAUGCCGUGAUGAUGGAGCGCUUCUUGACCUUGAAUGCCAGGGUGUGCUCGUGGACGUCGUCGGGGAUGCCGAAUACGUCACCCAGGUAGACCUCGCCUGAAGAAAGAAAGAAACAGACGGACGGGCAGCAGAUGGAUGUAUGUGUGAUGGGAGCAUGCACUCAGUGCGUGCGUGCGAGAGUACCGUUGUAUUGGAGGUAUCCAAUUGAGUCGAAAGUAGAUGGGAUGGGGUGGUACUUGCACGACUUGGGGUUGUACUUCUCCGCUGCUUGAUUCAGCUCUGCAUCGCUCACAUCGCCAUGGCAAACCCCGAUGAACACUGCCGACAGCAGCAACAGCAGCAUCGCAGAGGCAACACCCAUGACGGAUCUCUCUGGUGCAUCCCGCCAUCUUCGUCGCUUCGCCCUUGGAGUGCUCGCCUCCAUCAAUUCCAUCACCAGCAGCGCCUGUAUGCACGUCAAUCAAGGAUGCUCUCUCGAUGUGCUUGUUCCAUAGCU